GGAUGGGAAUAAUACUAUAGAAUAAUACCCCUAUAAACUUAGUGUGGGAAUUGUUUCACAGCAAGUGUAAAACCCGUAUGAUUAAUCUCUUAGCAUACGAAAUAACUAAGGCUGAACUUUGAUAAACUUGAUAAAAGUAGUUGGAAGCACUUGCCGUCUGAUUAAAGGGUGUGGAAAUGUGAUUUCUAAAUCACUUUACAGGAUUGUGUAUUAUGAAAUAUGUGGCCUGGUUGAGUGUGGCUAUAGGUGUGUAAUGCCCAGCUUUUUGGGUGUGGGUGAUUUACACAACAGGGUAACCAAAUACAUGUUUGACCAUUCUCUCAUUAUAAUACAGUUGAUUUAAGGAAUGUCUUCUUUGGUAAUAAACAGUUCUGGAGGAAAUUUAUUUAGUGUUCAUAGGCAGAAGAGGCAUUACCUCUAUUUUAACAAAAAGGAGAAAUGCUGUCCUUGCCUUUUUAAUUACAGCAGCUGAAAUAUAGCAGUACAUCGCUUUAACCAUGUUUUUUUUCCAGAGGAACUAGUUGCCAAAUAAAUGGGGAUAUUGUUUUAAUUUGAGUACUUUUAACUGCUGAAUCCUACUCUAUUAAUUGGUUUUACCAUACAGUACUUUUCUGGGGUUUGCAGAUGCUUCUUGGCAUGCACAGUGAGACUGUUACCAGCCUACUGAGGUUAGUUAUAUUUAGAUAUAGGUAUUUAAUAGCAUUUCAGCCACGCAAAACAUGUAGCCAGAUGGCCAGGGAAAAUAUUUGAUGAAAAUGUUCCGAUUACUAUGAAAAACAAAACAUAAACUGUCGUUGUUGGAAUGUGGCACCUUCAAAAUAUUGAUAUUUUGGUCCCACGUGUUUAGGAAGGGGCUGCUUUCCCAUCUUUUGUUUAAAUCCCUAUAAAGCAUAAUAUACUGAAACAUUGGCUAAGGGUGCUGCUAUUCCUCCUGGGCAUAACGCCAUUGCUUACCUCCUAGGUGUUUGUCACUAAGAUGAUGGCAGUUUUUGCAUUGCAAGAGGCCUGGCAGAAUAGCUAAUUAUCACCCAGGGGUUCUUGAGGAAAAGCUCCGUGUAUCCGGAAGUAGUUUCUUCAACAGCAGGUAGCUACUCAGGGAACCUUUUUAUUUUUAACUUAGCAGCUAAUUUGAAGAUGUUGGGAAAUCCUGACUGAGCUUGAUUGUCAGCAAUAGGCAGUUCCUGUCAGUUUGGGAUUAAAAAAAAAGAUGCCAGAAAACAAGCAAAAUUUGAUUACAAAGACUGCUAGGUUUUUCUUUUACAGUUUUGGCAAGAGUUUUGUUGUGGUUCUAUCUAGGGUGUGAUUUCAAUCACAAGUUUUGAACCUCUGGAAGUUUUCUUGAUAUUCCCAAUUCCAAGAAUACUUACAGAUCCUGUUUAAUUAAGCAAAUCAUAACCAACGUUUUGCCAUAUAAAAUAUUUUUUGAGUUACUCAUUGAUACCUUUAAUUCACCAGUUUGUAAACUUCAUAGGUACUUGGGCUGAAAUGCAGGCUUGCUUUAAAAAAAGAGAGAUUGAAAGUGUUCUAAAUCAGCUUACUAGAGUUAGUAUUUAAAUGAGCACUCUUUUUAAAUAUUGUUUAUUUAAUAGCAAUCCUGGGGAGAAAAAAAUGAGGAAAAUGUUCCUAUAGUGAUUCCAUUUCAGGUAAAACCUGUUGCUGUUAUCAAAAUCUCUUACUGUCUUUUAGAGCACCUUCAGAGCAGAUUUGAGACCUCACCAUGGAAGAAAUGAGUCGUCAGACUGCCACAGCACUUCCGACAGGUACCUCCAAGUGUACACCGUCCCAAAGGGUACCUGCUUUGACAGGCACCACCGCUUCCAACAAUGACUUGGCCAGCCUCUUUGAGUGCCCCGUCUGCUUUGACUAUGUGCUGCCACCUAUCCUCCAGUGCCAAAGUGGGCACCUCGUUUGUAGCAAUUGUCGCCCCAAGCUCACCUGUUGUCCCACCUGCCGAGGACCGUUGGGUUCCAUUCGGAACUUGGCUAUGGAAAAAGUUGCCAACUCCGUAUUGUUUCCUUGUAAAUAUGCCUCCUCCGGCUGCGAGAUAACUUUGCCGCAUACUGAGAAAGCUGACCACGAAGAGCUUUGUGAAUUCAGGCCUUACUCUUGUCCGUGCCCUGGGGCCUCUUGUAAGUGGCAAGGCUCUCUGGAUGCUGUCAUGCCACACCUCAUGCACCAACAUAAAUCAAUAACAACGCUACAGGGAGAAGAUAUUGUUUUCCUUGCUACAGACAUUAAUCUUCCCGGAGCUGUCGACUGGGUUAUGAUGCAGUCUUGCUUUGGCUUUCACUUCAUGUUAGUACUGGAGAAACAGGAGAAAUACGAUGGUCACCAGCAGUUCUUUGCAAUCGUACAGUUGAUAGGCACGCGGAAACAAGCUGAAAAUUUUGCUUACCGCCUCGAGCUAAAUGGUCACAGGCGGCGAUUGACUUGGGAAGCAACCCCGCGAUCGAUCCAUGAGGGGAUCGCAACCGCCAUCAUGAAUAGUGACUGCUUAGUUUUUGACACCAGCAUUGCACAGCUGUUUGCAGAGAACGGCAACUUAGGUAUUAAUGUGACAAUUUCAAUGUGCUGAAACCCCAAUCUGACAUUUUCAGGGCCAGUGUCUAAAAUAAUAAUAAUAAUAAUCACCUCAAUCCAAAUCCGCUGCAUUGGGUUUCGCAGAAACCUUGGUAAACAUCUGACUGCUUAGGUGUGAACAAUUGGGAGGGAGAGGCCAGCAUCAAUGAAGGUAAAUUAAUGAGAAGACUGUUCAGGUGCAGAUAACAGUUGCAUGUAAUAACACUAAUAUAUUUAAAUGAGUCAGCAGUAAACCACUGAAAUAAAUAUAUAUAUAUAUAUAUAUGUAUGUAUAUAUAUAUAUGCAUAUGUGUAUAUAUAUAUAUAUAUAUAUGUAUAUAUAUGUAUAUAUACAUACAUACAUAUAUGUGUAUGUAUAUAUGUGUGUGUGUGCGUAUAUAUAUAUAUAUAUAUAUAUAAAUUAUAUUAUAUAUAUAUAUACCCGAAAUGGGCAUCCUUUUGUAUUAAGAAUUGAUUCUAUGAAAAGCGCUGUAAAAUAAUUCUAAACUUCUUUGUAGAUUAAUUGUACUUUUGAAAAAGGAUACUGUUUUGUGUUUUCAUUUGUGUUUCUUUUGACUGACAAGCCAUGCACAGCGGUUUGGGGUUUGACCGCUGUUUCUCCCGUUCCUUCCUUUUCUCCCUUGCUUUUUUUUUUCUUCCCAAGUCACUACAUAGUAUUGCUGCUGUUCUUGUAUAAAUUUUCUGUGUAUUUGCUAAUUUUUAUUAACUUCUAGUUUUUCAUUAAAUAAAUGAUUUUUCUUUCCUGUGA